UUUACAGAACUGAAAACUCCCUAUCCCAUUAUGCAGCCUAGAGCGCACUCGCAUCUAGCGGUGUUGUGCGCACUUACUUCAUGUUUCCUUAGCGUGCAUGGACUGGGAACAGAGCUUCUUCCGGGCGACGCCUACCUCGAGUUUAUUGGCUCCGUGUACUCAGACAGCUCGUGCCGCGAACCGGAUGUGGAGUUGCUGCAAGCGAUCAACGCAGUCAAGUGGACGCUAAAUCGGCUGAACGUCGGCAACUUUACCAACGGGUUGAAGCUGGGUCUGAGAGUGAGCCCGACGUGUCAGUCCGCGGAGAAGGCAACCCAGGUUGCACACCAACUGAUUGUGGAGAUGGGAAAGAACGACACCACUGACGUUGUCGGUGUGAUUGGCUCCGACUUCAGUUCCGAGUCUGAAGCAAUCUCGCGCAUGCUCAGUCCGCUACCCGACCAGUAUCGUUUGCUGCAGGUCAGCUGGGGUGCCACUUCCGCAUCACUGCGCAACCGCGAGCUGUACCGUAACUUCUUCAGGACCAUCCCAGCUGACGACAAACAAGUUAAGGUGAUGCACGAGUUUCUCGUGGAGGCUCGAUGGACGAUGCUCACGGUGUUCUACAUCAACGACACGUACGGGCGCGGCGGCUUCCGGGCGCUAUAUGAGAUCCUCGUCGGCUCCGACAUAUGUCUGGUUGACAGCGUUGCAAUAGAGCCCGAGAAAUACAACGUCACUCUGCUGGAAGAUGAGUUGAGAAAUAAGGUCUACAAGAUCAACGCAACAAUGAACGAGCCGCCCGUAAGCGGUAUUAUAGUGUUCGGAAGCUAUCCGAUUGUGGAGGCUUUGUUCCAAGCAAUACAGAAUCUGGAAAACGACAAAAGAACUGCCCAUUACAACAGACCCAGUGUUAUUCUCUCUGAAACCGGGACAUAUGUUGAAGGCAAAUUUCCAAAUGUUUCGAAAGGCGCGUUUGUAUUAAGCCCCCCUCGGCGAAUCAUUUCAGAGUUUCAAACCUAUUGGACAAACAGUCUGACAGUUUCAGAGCAAAUGAAAGCAGAAGUCGAAACGAAUCGCUAUUUUAAAGAAAUGUUCGAAACUCUCAUGAACUGUCAGUUUGCCAAUAAAGAGCUAGCAAACUAUUGCCGCCCAAUGACGUUAGAGCAACAGACAAAGCAAUUCGCGCCGUCAGUGUACACGCAAUACGCCAUUCAGGCUUCUCUUGUAAUAGCGUUCUCCGUAAAGCGUGUUCACUCGACGGCGUGCCCGACCGGCGGAGCCUGUGACGCGUUUAGAGACGUGGAUAUAACCAAACGGUGUGCCUUUAUUGAGGCGAUUGAAAACAAGAAAAUUGUAUUCGACCUUGACUUUGGUGGUUUACGCCUGCAGGAGUUUCAAAGCCCACUGCUGACCGUGCGGUUCGAGGGUUCUUCUGACGUGAGGUUCGUACCCAGCAACGCGUUUCCCGAGUACGAGAUUUACAACCACCGCCUGCAUUCCAGGUGUCCCAAGAGGGAUACCCCUUGCCUUAUCAAGGUGGCAAGUUAUAACGAUCACACACUCAUGGAUAAGUCGCUGUUUACGGAAAUCCGUGACUAUGACGAUAACAACACUGAGCUGACUUGGCCCACUAUUCGGAAGCCCCAAUGUCCGGAUGGUUACAAAUCAUUUUCAUGUCUGAGUCAACGGUCGGAUACCUCCAUUCUGUACCAUAAGGGAGACAUGUACAUCGUUGGGAUUGCCCCCGUGCUCGAAACAGGUACCACGCCUCUAAAAUGCGGAAAAAUAAGAGAAGACGGGUUGAGUAUUGUGGAAGCUAUACGGUACGAAAUAUUAACGGAAAGCGGUUUAUUUGGUGGUGCCAAGAUCGGAUUGAUCUUGAUUGACAGCUGCAAUGAUCCACUAAUUAUACAGGAGAAGAUCCUGACAUUGCACAGGCUGGGAGUCUACGUCGGCGGGACAUAUGAACGGGUGGCCGACAAGAUCCUGGGGUACGUUGGCGGCUUGUCAAGUGACGUCAGCACAGCCUCAGCCAAGAUAACCAGUCGACUGGGCCUCGUGCAGAUCAGCUACGCAUCCACGGCACCGUCGCUUAGCGAUCGCGACCUAUAUCCGUACUUCCUGCGCGUCCCUGGCGCCGACGACGUCCAGGCAGCGACGCUGCUCAAGAUCGUGAAGGACCUUGGAGGCAGCACUAUCCAGGUCAUUUACGCAAAGACGAUCUAUGGCGAGGGCGGGAGGAGACUCAUACAGACACUCGCGGGAAAGCCGGAAUACAGCAUCUGUAUCGGCAACGAGAUAGGCGUGUCCACAGAUACCCAAGCGGCAACCAUCGUGGAGUCGCUUCGUAAGUUUAAGGAAGCGCAAAUAGUCGUCGUCUUCAUCACAUGGGUUGAAAUGCAGCACAUAAUUGGCUACAUGAACGAACAGUUGGCGUUGAACGAAUUCCUGUUCAUCGCGUCCGAGGGAUGGGGGUUGAGUAUUAACAUGACCCAGUACCGGAACCUCCAGGGCACGAUCACCGUGGCCACUCGCCUUUGGAACACUGAUGGGUUCGAGUCCCACCUUAAGGCACUGCGGCCCGACAACAAGGAAAACCCUUGGAUACGACCCUACCUGGAGAUGAUCUAUAACUGUUACUUUGAGAGCAGCUUUGACAAAUCUUCAAAAAAGAAAUGCACCGGCACUGAAAACCUCGAUGAAGCUAAACGCGUGUUCAAUAUCGACUCAUGGUCGCCGUUCGCUGAACGCGCCGUUUCCGUGCUGCUAAAGGGGGCGGCGUCCACCCUUCAGAAAGUGUGCGGUACCGCCAUGUCUGUCUGUCCGGAGUACUACAAUGCAACCGGUUUGCUGCUGACGGAACUUAAGCGACAGGAGGUGUUAAUGGAACCUCAGGACAUUGUCAAGCGGCGCGUCUUCGACGACAACGGCGACGGUACGAUAGGCUACAGGAUAUACGUCAUAGACGGGAAUGGGAAAGCCGUCAAGCUGGGUACAAGUGACAGUCUCGGGCUCCAUUUUCCGGUGCAGCAGUACUACACCUACCGACCUAUGGCCUCCAUUACAACAAAAUGUACCACCGGCGUCGUCUGUCGAAAGUGCUAUCCGCAACCCACCUCGUCGUCAUGUGACGGAAAUAAGGGGUUGCCUAUGGGCGCUGUGGCGGCAAUUGUGGUGCUUGCGGUGUUUGCCAGCGCCAUCCUAGUGGUCCUCCUUUGCAUCUGCAAGCGGACCGGAUGUUAUCUAAGAUGUGACGCAUUAAAUCCGCGGUCCGAUGACACUUAUCUGACGCCGAUCCACGACGAAAAGCCCCAACGGAACGGCGUCAACGCAAGUGAAACGCCGACUCCUCACAUAAUGAAAAACGAAGACUACGACUUCCCGGAAGAUCAUCCAGACGCUGGGUUGCGCAAAGGCGGUAUGCCAAAUCAAAAUAAUUGGAGCGACAGACAUCGCAGUCAAAACGGAAGCAGCACCCAUAGUAGGAAUUCAGUGGUUCAGAGAGAGCGGCUUGCUGUCACGUGAUGCCAUGGACAAUCCUACGGAGCUUUAAAAACUUAUGUGAAAUCCGUGAAAUACUAGUAGUUAAAUUAUGUUUGGAAUAAAUAACGUAAUGUAUCAUAUAUAAUAAUAAUGAUUAGUUUAGAAUAUUUCCAUGACGUUGUUAUAUGACACAAAUUCACGUUUGCAUCGCUUAAUAGUACGGCUCAAACGUGACAUGUAUUCCGCUAUAUUUCUGAUAAGUAAACAGACAUGCCACUAGAUUAUCAGAGGGAAAACACAACUUUAAUCAACCACAGACUCGCUCUUCGUAUAGAGAUAAAGUUGAUACAAAUAUAUAGAAAACAUCGGAUUGCACAGGCUAAUCUGGGAGACUUUAAUUAUUGCAUUAAGCCUUUUUUACCAGAGCGAGACUCAUAUUUUAUUUGUCUUUGCGUAGAAUGUUAGAAGUAUGACCAAUCAUUAUUGCUGAAUGCUUUACUGCCAUAUAAUGCAUGUACAUUAACUAAGAUGUAUAUUGUAUCAUGAGUUCAUUCUUGUUUAUGAAGUUGAUUGAUUGAUUGUAUUGACUUUUUAUGAAUUUUAUUAUGACAAACCGUGCCUAUGUUUUAUUUAUGGUAUGCAAUAUGUUUAUAUAUUUUGCUUCUGUUUAGUUCGUUUUAUAGAU